ACAAGACCAAAGAGAGAACAAGAGAGUUUCGUUUCCGGUAACAAAUAUAAAUGAAGCUCUCUUGUUUUGUCUUUCUCAUAUCCUUCUUAUUCGUUUCUAGUUCCAUUGCCACGGCUCCGCCCAACCCUAUCUAUGACAGCUUUCUCCAAUGUUUCAGCAACCACACAGGCGCUCCUCCGGAGAAGUUAUGCGACGUCGUUCUCCCACAAAGCAGUGCCAGCUUCACCCCGACACUACGCGCCUACAUCCGAAACGCGCGUUUCAACACUUCCGCGUCUCCCAAACCUUUGAUAGUUAUCGCGGCUCGUUCUGAGAGCCACGUCCAGGCCACCGUCAUCUGCACCAAAUCUCUCAACUUCCAGCUCAAAACUCGCAGCGGCGGCCAUGACUACGACGGCGUUUCCUACAUCUCUAACCGCCCUUUCUUCGUACUCGACAUGUCCUAUCUCCGUGACAUCACCGUCGACAUGGCCGACGACGACGGCUCUGCUUGGGUUGGAGCCGGCGCUACCCUGGGCGAGGUUUAUUACAGCAUUUGGCAGAAGAGCAAAACUCACGGAUUUCCCGCCGGAAUAUGUUCCACAGUAGGCGCGGGAGGUCACAUCAGCGGCGGAGGGUACGGCAACAUGAUCAGAAAAUACGGACUUUCAGUUGAUUACGUCACGGACGCCAAGAUCGUAGACGUGAAGGGAUGUGUCCUCGAUAGGAAAUCGAUGGGAGAGGAAUUGUUUUGGGCGAUUCGAGGAGGCGGAGGGUCGAGCUUCGGCGUCAUCCUAUCUUUCAAGAUAAAACUCGUGCCUGUCCCUCCGAGGGUGACUGUUUUCAGAGUGGAGAAAACCCUCGAAGAAAACGCACUUGACAUGGUCCAUAAAUGGCAGUUUGUUGCCCCCGAGACAAGCCCGGAUCUCUUCAUGAGGCUAAUGAUGCAUCCCGUGACGAGGAACGCUACUCAGACGCUUCGAGCGUCGGUGGUGGCUCUCUUCUUGGGAAAACAGAGCGACCUCAUGUCUCUGCUGACCACAGAGUUUCCCGAGCUUGGUCUGAAGCCGGAGAACUGCACGGAGAUGACGUGGAUACAGUCGGUGAUGUGGUGGGACAACAAGGACAACGCCACGAUGAUUGCACCGGAGAUCCUGCUGGAUCGAAACCCGGAUUCGGCGUCCUUCUUGAAAAGGAAAUCGGAUUACGUGGAGACAGAGAUCAGCAAAGACGGUUUAGGUUUCCUGUUUAAGAAGCUCAUGGAGGCUGGGAAGCUAGGGCUAGUGUUCAAUCCGUACGGAGGGAGAAUGAGCGAGGUGCCUACGACGGCGACUCCGUUCCCGCACCGGAAGAGGCUUUUCAAGGUCCAGCAUUCGAUUAACUGGAAAGACCCCGGCACCGAAGCGGAGAGCAGUUUCAUGGAAAGGACGAGAAGCUUCUACAGCUACAUGGCUCCUUUCGUCACCAAGAAUCCAAGACACACGUAUCUCAACUACAGGGAUCUUGAUAUCGGGAUCAACACCCAUGGCCCAAACAGUUACAGAGAAGCUGAGCUUUACGGCCGAAAGUAUUUCGGUGAUAAUUUUGAUCGGUUGGUCAAAGUCAAAACAGCCGUCGAUCCUCUUAACUUUUUCAGGGAUGAGCAGAGCAUACCUACCAAGCCAUCCACAAGCUAAAUAGCUGUCUAGGGAUCAUUUAUAUCGUAGUAGCUAAUUUAUACAGCUUGUAUUUUAUCAAAGUACAUGCUACGACCAACCAAGUCAGACAAAUUUGCGGCACAAAUUGCUAGACAUACAAUAACUGACAAUAUAUUUAUUUUUUGAAAAAACUGUGGUGUCU